GAUGACUCGAUGCUGGUAUCGAUAACUCAACGACUCUCCACCUCUACUGUCACCGCCUAUCGACCGUCGCCCAUCUUUUGUGAAAUUUCGUCCGAACAGUUCGUCUCGUGAAAAAACCAAAUUUGUGAAAAUAUUUAUUUUCUUUCGUGUUCAACGUUUGAGAUAAGAACUAAAUAUGGCCCGUACCAAGCAGACCGCCCGUAAGUCUACCGGAGGAAAGGCACCCCGAAAGCAGUUGGCCACCAAGGCCGCUCGUAAAUCGGCGCCAUCCACUGGCGGAGUGAAGAAGCCCCAUCGUUAUCGUCCCGGUACCGUGGCUCUUCGUGAGAUCCGUCGUUACCAGAAGUCGACCGAGUUGCUCAUCCGCAAGUUGCCCUUCCAGCGCCUGGUGCGUGAAAUCGCUCAGGAUUUCAAGACCGAUUUGCGUUUCCAGUCGGCGGCCAUCGGAGCCCUGCAGGUGAGAAUUUUAUUUCUAUUCGAUGAUGGAUUAUUUGAUCAUGGGGAUUUUAAAAGGGGUUUUGAGUUAAUAGCCAAAAGCAUAAAAAUAAUAUUAUAUUUUCUUUAUUUUUGUAUCUACAACUAUAUUAUUUUCUUUGACCUGCAGGAAGCUUCUGAGGCGUAUUUGGUGGGUCUCUUCGAAGAUACCAACUUGUGCGCCAUCCACGCCAAGCGCGUGACAAUUAUGCCGAAGGACAUCCAGUUGGCGCGCCGCAUCCGUGGCGAGCGUGCUUAAGGAGGAUCACUAAGAACAGAAGGAUCACAGUCCAUCCCCGAGCAGACAAUUCUGAUUUAUAUUUUGUUAAGGGAGAGGAGCCAAAAGGAGGAGUACCAGCGACAUUUUGAUCCAAUCUUAUCAUUCAUAUUUGCGUGUAUACAUUUAUCAUCCUUUUGUUCAGUUGCCGUCGGAUCGUCGAAAUGACGAUGCUAAAACCAACGCCACACAUAAAACACACAAUCACAACAUUACUUUAAUGCUAAAAAUAUUUGUAACUCUUAUUAUUACUAUUAUAUAUUAGUUAUUAAGUUUUUUUUCUCGUCUGCUUCGACGAUUGGAUCGUCCUUGAACCGCGCUACUUUUCCCGAUUCCGGAUCCAUCUUCGGAAAGGGAUUCCCCCGGGCAGCCGUCGUUGCCUGUCCGUCUGCAACAUCCGCCACCAAAAACUCCAACACUUGUCUGGCUGGCGGGCCUUGAUUUCCAGUAAUCCGUGGUCUUUAAGGCGCCUGGUUUCCCACUUUGGGGGAUCUCAACAUCUGGCUGCCGGGACUCGUGGACCUGGAGGUUGGGGCCAACCUAACACGUGCCGCCAGCUGGGCGUGGCAAGGCGGACAGACGGUGUCGGAUUACUGCCCGGCCGGAUUUCCGGAUUUGCGAUGAGGCGGCGAGGGCGUGGCAAUUGGACGGACCAUCUGAAGACGCAUGACCUUUUAACAUAUGAAAUGGUAUCCACAUAUAACACCGAAGACCGAAUUGAGUACACUUAAAAAUACACUUACGUAUAUAAAUAUAUAUAUAAAUAUAUCUAUAUAGAAAACGAAAACACUAGACAUUAAUACUCUUUAUUUUGUUUACCUUCCGUUACUUCAAAUCACUUACAAAAACAUUAUAUAUAUAGAAUAUAUAUAUAUAUAUACUGUAUAACGAAGGGAUGGGCGUGACAGAGUUAGUUGAUUAAAUAAGAUUUUAGAUUUACAUGCAUUUUGUACGUUUAGGCGGAAGAAGAAGAUGAGAAGAUGGAAAAGAUAUAAAGAUGAUUCAGCAAUCAAAUAAAUUACUCGAUGUUAAUACACAUCUAUAGAUUUGGAAGAGCAUCGAAUAAUAAUACCCAAAAUAAAACAAAACAGAAAAGCAUUGAAUAUUUCUCAAUAUUUAUAUGUAGUUGAAACACAUGCAAAAUAAUCAAUUAUAAACGCCCACAUAUACUUAUAUACUUGUAAAUUGGUGUCGAUAACUAGUUUCACAUUGGACAUUUAAACAAAUCGGACUAUAUGCAUAUGUGUCUAUAUCGUAUCGUAGCUUACAAGAACCAAUAAAACAAAACAACAAAAAACCCCCCAAAAAGUAAAAAGAAACAAAAAUAACGAAAAACAUUGACAGCAACAGCAAAAAUAACUGGAAACAUCAGCAAAAAAAAUAACAAAAAAAUAAACGGUUUUUUCUAUAGAAGAAACCAAAAAACCCAA